CUUGCGAUUCACACAGCUGUGAGAAGAACACGCAGUGGUUCAGCAGCACAGUGUGUGCUUUCUGGGAAACAUGUCCCGCAAACUGGAGCCGUCCACCUACCUUUUCGACGUGCCACCUCUGUUAAUGGAGACGUUUUGUAAAGUGAUGGACAGCGGCUUGGACAGCCUCGGAUGGAGAGGUUUGGCGGCUCGCAUCCUGCCCAGCUGGCUGGAGCUCAGGUGCUCGGAGCUGCACGCAGCCGCUGGGAAGAGCCCCACCCACGAGCUGCUCUGGUCCUGGGCUCAGCAGAACAAAACUGUAGCGGAUCUCAUGAGGGUUCUGGAAGAUAUGGGACACUAUCGAGCACUCGAUCUCUUCCGUUCUCACGACUCAUACAAAGACACACCACAUCCCUCUUCUGCCCAGAACAUUUCUAAGCCUCGACCUCUCAGUGAAGAACCGAGAACCACACAUGGGUGUGUGUUUGGUGAAGGCAGACGAAAGAAAGCUUUGAUCACUUACUCAGAGGUCAAAGUGGGAACUAGGAACUUCCACCAGGAUUUGAAAAUCGGAGAAAGCACGUUUGCAGAGGUUUACCAGGGAAGACGAGGAAAUGAAAGCUUUGCUGUGAAGGUUUUCAAGCAGGGGAAGAAGAAGUCUUGGAAGGAUUUGUGGGAAAUGUUCAAAACAGAAAUCGAAGUUCUACAGUUCUAUGAUCAUCCCAACAUCUUGGAGCUUUGGGGUAGUUUUUCAGAGGAUGAGCACUACUGUUUGGUCUAUCCCUUCAUGUCUAAUGGAUCUCUGUUUCAUAAACUGCAUAAUGAGGAAAACGAGAGGCCUCUGACGUGGCAGGAGAGACUCAACAUUAUCAAAGGCACAGCAAAGGCUGUACAUCAUCUGCACACUGCCCAGCCUUGCAAAGUUAUCUGUGGAAGCAUCACAAGUUCAAACAUUCUGCUGGAUGAACGUUUGCAGCCCAAGCUGUCCGAUUUUGGAAUGGCUCGUCUCAGACCCCACACCGUUAACCAGAGCUGGACCAUCACCAUGGACACGGGCCCCCGCAGCAACCUGGCCUACUUACCAGAGGAGUAUAUACGUGAUGGCAAGCUGUCCGUCAAUUUAGACAUUUACAGCCUUGGUAUGGUCAUUCUGGAGACAUGCACAGGCAAGAAAGUGAUGCAAGAGACACCAAAGCAAACAUUAUUGAGGGAUGUGCUGAGUUUAGAGGCAGAAGAGAAGGGCUGUGUGGAUGCCUGCCUGUGCUUUCUGGACUCCAGAGCGGGAGAGUGGUCCACUGCAGCUGCCCUCUGCCUGCUCCGCCUGGGCCUGGAGUGUACAAGCAGUCGAGCCCGAGCCAGGCCAAGCAUGGACAGUGUGUUAGAGAAGCUUAGUGAGCUUCUCCCUUUGCCUUUUCCCGUGGAUGAGCAGCCACGGACCCUGGAUGACAUGAUGCCAUCUUCCAUACCACUCGCUGAUCAUAGGUUGAGAUCCAGCCUGCCUGAAGAGGAUGAUGAAAUGAUAAAGCCUAAGCUCCAUGAACAGUCAGAACCUCGAGAGUGCAGCCAGUCAGAGGUCACUUUUGUGGGCAAGAAGGAACGUGGCAUGUGCCUGAACAGCAGCUCUGUCAUGAACGGAAGGAGAGAAGAUGCAGCUGUUCAGUGCCUUCAGACGGAGUGUGCCCCUGCACUGGAUCUAUACAGCAGCUGGCCUGUUGAGUGCAGCUGUGCAGCCGGAGCAGAAAUGGGUUGUGAGGACUGCUGUGCCAAUGGCUUUAGCCACAAUCCAUCAUUCAUCCCUCAAGAUGACAGACGACAGUCUUCUGAAAGUACAGUCGAAAAUCCUGCUAAAAUGAGGCUCCGGUAUAAAAUCCAGUUGUACAACCAAGGCUUACUCAAUACAGAGGAACUUCUUUCAAUGACAUCAGACUGAUUCUGUCACUUUGUAUUGGCCAUAUCUGGGGUUGUACAUAUUUCAGCAAUACCUCAACACCUCAAUUGCCAAAGGAAUUUUUUUUUUUUUUACAUAGACCACAAACUCAACUAUUUAAGUCAAUUUUUUUAAAGGCAAAGUUUCCAAACACUGUACAUCAUGAUUUAUUAGAAAUAUUGUAGUCUAAGGUUAUGUAAAUUUUUUUAAAAGUCCCAUAUAUUAUUUGCAGGGACUUUUGUAUUUGUCUAUAAAACAAUUUUAAUAAACUUUUGUAACUUUAUCUUCUGUCUCUCCAAUGCACAGACAGUUUUCACUAACCCUAGCCCCUACUACUAACUAAUAUUCAUAAAGUAGAUCCUAAUGUUCAUUAAUAUUCAUUAGCUUGUUCACAGCCUUCUUCACAAAGUGAGAAAUAUUUUGCAUGUCAAUACAAGCAGAAAUGUUUUUUGUUUGUUUGUUUUUUUUCAAAAAUCAGUCUUUUGUAACUUGUUUUAUGUCAAACCUAAGCAGGGAAAUGCUGAUUCAUUUCAGAAUGUCAUGAAACCACAAGCUAAAUCAUUUGUGUGCACUGAUAGCACUGUGGUAUUGACCUGUGUUUUCUCAGUGCUCUCCGGGGAAAAAUCGGUUCUGUGCCGAGAGUUGUGUGAGCAGGUUUGGUGUGUGGUGAACAAAUGAAGGGAUUAAUUUGCCUUUGCAGCAAUUUAUUUGCUUUGGCUCAUUUCUCCAGGCUUGGUUCACUGGUCAUUUUGAGUGUGUGUCAGCUAAUGCUAACUAGAGAACGUGUGUAUUUUGUCCAAAAUCACAUACUAGUGUACUGUAUUAAUGUGUGAAAAUAUUACAGCACACACUGUUACUUUGUAUAAUGUAGUAGCCUUCAGCGGCUGGUGAAAUUGACUUUUUGUCACCACUAAAUCAGUUUAAACGUUCAAAAACAUUAAAGAAUUUGCAAUUCAA